AUGGCAGCAGGUGAUUCGAAGGAGAUGGUCGUUCUCGUCACUGGGGGCACCGGAUUAGUGGGCAAGGCAAUUGAACAGGUUGUGAAUUCUGAGAGUCGAUCGAAUGAAAAAUGGGUGUUUAUUGGGAGCAAGGACUGCGAUCUUACAAACCUACAGGCCACAAGGCGAUUGUUCGAGGACUCAAGACCUACUCACGUUAUUCAUUUGGCAGCUAUGGUAGGUGGGCUAUUCCACAACUUAGCCCAUAAUCUGGAAUUUUUCAGGAGAAAUAUG